UGUGUGUGUGUGUGUGUGUGUACGCAUUUUUGUUUUCAUGCUUGUGUGUGAUGGACAGCCAGAUAACGUGUCAUGCAAAGGAUUGCCGCAACUGCACAACAUGCUUUCUUUGCUAGCGUGACACACUUACAUUCACACAGUGCAUACGAAGGAAACACACACACACGCACACACACACACUCACUCACUCAUAACACACCUAUGAUGAGUGUGUGUUGGAUGUGAUCAUCGCAGCAGUGAAUUGCUGUGUUUACACGGCAGGUUUCCCCCUUUCAUCAAAGCUGCAGUCAUUUGUUUGACUUGAUGAUUUAUUUAUUUAUUUAUUUAGGACAACGAGGUAUUUGUUAUGGUUGAAAUUCAGACUGCACCAUUGGAUUAAUGAGUAACUACAUUAAAUUAACCUCAAAAGCAUUAUUUCUAUGUAGAUUGUAGACACAUUUACAAACAUAUGUUUUCUGAUUGUCAACAAAUCCCUUGAAAAAAGACAAAAACCAACAACAUGUGACCUCCUCGUCUGUGGCUCAGUGGUUCCUACUGAAGAAAUUAUCCUAUUAAAGAUUUACUAAUUUUCCAUAAACAACAGGCUACUGUAAUAUUAGAGUGCAUUUGUCUGUUUUUCAGUGUCAACAAUGAAGCUCCAAUGCACAAAGAAAUGACUUAAAUCAGCCUUUGGAUAAACAUUUCUCGUGAGUGGGAUACAUUCAUAGUUUUGGUUUUGUCUUUUCAUGGAACGUCUUAAAAAUAAGAGAAAUGUAGAAGAAUCUCCAGACGUAUUCCUUUUUUAAAAAAGGGUAUUUCGGGCCGCAUCUGCAGUAAAAGUUACUCUCCUCUAUGUGACCUCAUGCGCUGCAGUGCCGCCGCUCAGUAGAAAAAAGGCUUGAUCCAUGACAUCACAUGGCGAUACCUGCAUGACUCAGAUAUGCCCAACCUCAUCACACCUUAUGAAAUUAUGUUAACCUGCAACCCCCUUCGUAAUCUGUAGCUUUUGAGUCUUUUAGAUUUUUAGUCUGAAUUGAAGCAACCAGACGGAUACCACGGCAACCUGCUCUUUAAACACAGUUUGGUUCAUCUGACAGGCGUCAUUACUCUUAAUGUGGGCACGCGACAGAGCUGUGUGUGUGUGUGUGUGUGUGUGUGGGUGGUCUGUCGUAUGUGUGUGUGUGUGUGUGAUGAAAUGCAACUAUUCACUCCAGUCCAUUUAACUUGCAGCCUGACUCCCCGAAGCUUGAGCCCCACUCCCACUAGCCCCUGCAGCCCGUGCAGCCCGCUGCACGCGUUUCACUUUUGGAGCUGCAGAACGAGCAACAGGAAGAGCCUGAUAGGCAGCGGUCAGUCUUCAGGCUUACCGCGACCUCACUCCCCUCUCUCAUCUCUAACGGGAACGAGCCCUCAAGACAGUCCUAGAAACUUCUCUCCGAGCGCCUCCGCUCAUUUCUCCUUUGCACGAAGGACCGACGGUCGCCGCUGGUCGUUGGCCUCCCUUCCCUCCUCCGGAUAUGGAACCAACACGCCCAGCUCCACCGUCUCCUCGUCCUGUUCAUCACAGGAGAAGCUGCACCAGCUGCCCUUCCAGCCUACGCCCGACGAACUGCACUUCCUCUCCAAGCACUUCUGCACUGAGAGCAUCUCCGGGGAGGAGUGCCGCAGAGCGACGGCCAUGCGACCCCGCUCACGCAGUCUCAGCCCCGGAAGAUCUCCAUCAUGUUACGACCACGAGAUUAUCAUGAUGAAUCACGUCUACAAGGAGCGCUUCCCCAGGGCCACGGCUCAGAUGGAGGAAAGGAUUCAGGACAUCAUCCGGAGCAACUCUCCAGAGAGCGUCCUCCCUUUGGCGGACGGCGUGCUCGGCUUCGCCCACCACCAGAUAAUCGAACUGGCCCGCGACUGUCUGGAGAAGAGCCGGCUGGGACUCGUCACCUCCAGCUACUUCUGCGAGCUCACCGACAAGCUCGAGAGGCUCGUUCAGGAGUCCACAGAGAGAUCCGAAAGCGAGGAGGUAAACGUCAUCAGAGAGCUGGUGAAGAAGAUCCUCAUCAUCAUAGCCCGACCCGCUCGACUGCUGGAAUGUCUGGAGUUUGACCCCGAGGAAUUUUACCACCUGUUGGAGGCCGCCGAAGGACACGCUAAAGAGGGCCAGGGCAUCAAAACGGACAUCCCUCGUUACAUCAUCAGCCAGCUGGGACUCACGAGGGAUCCGCUGGAAGAAAUCGCUCAGCUGACCAGCUGCGACAGCGGGAUCGCCGAAACGCCAGAAACGGACGACUCUUCGCAGAGCCUCAGCACAGCCUUGCGGUGCCGGCGUAAACCCUGUGAAUUGGACUUUGAGAUGACAAAACUCAUCAGCAACGGUGCCUACGGGGCCGUGUAUCUGGUGCGUCACAAGGAAAUGAAGCUGCGCUUCGCCAUGAAAAAGAUCAACAAGCAGAACCUGAUUUUGAGGAAUCAGAUCCAGCAGGCCUUCGUGGAGAGGGACAUCCUCACCUUUGCCGAGAACCCUUUCGUGGUGUCCAUGUACUGCUCGUUUGAGACACGGCGGCACCUGUGCAUGGUCAUGGAGUAUGUUGAAGGUGGAGACUGUGCCACCCUUUUGAAGAACAUGGGUCCCCUGCCCGUGGAUAUGGCCAGGAUGUACUUCGCGGAGACAGUGCUGGCUCUGGAGUAUCUCCACAACUACGGCAUCGUCCACCGGGACCUCAAACCAGACAAUUUGCUGGUCACGUCGAUGGGACACAUCAAGCUGACGGAUUUCGGGUUGUCCAAAGUCGGGCUGAUGAACAUGACCACCAACCUGUACGAGGGACACAUCGAGAAAGACGCCAGGGAGUUCUCCGAUAAGCAGGUGUGUGGAACCCCCGAGUACAUCGCGCCCGAGGUGAUCCUGAGACAAGGCUACGGGAAGCCGGUGGACUGGUGGGCGAUGGGCAUCAUCCUCUACGAGUUCCUCGUGGGCUGCGUGCCUUUCUUUGGAGACACGCCGGAGGAGCUGUUCGGACAGGUCAUCAGUGACGAGAUCAACUGGCCGGAUGGAGAGGAGGCCCCGCCUCCCGAUUCUCAAGAGCUCAUCGCCUUGCUCCUCCGACAGAACCCUCUGGAAAGGAUGGGCGCAGGAGGAGCCGCCGAAGUGAAGCAGCAUCAGUUUUUCCACAACCUGGACUGGAACAGCCUGUUGAGGCAGAAGGCCGAGUUCAUUCCUCAGCUGGAGUCCGAAGACGACACCAGCUACUUCGACACUCGCUCCGAGAGGUACCACCACCUGGAGACCGAGGAAGAGGACACGAACGACGAAGACUUCAACGUGGAGCUGCGUCAGUUCUCCUCUUGUUCUCACAGAUUCUCCCUGGUUUACAGCAGCCUGGAUUUGUCCCGUGGGCACCUGGAGGAGAAGGGCGAGACGGAGGCGAAGAAGAGCGAGAGCCCGCUGACGGUGGACUCCCUCACCUGGACGUCGGACUUUGCUGAGAUGCCCUCGCUGUCCCACUCGUCAGACACAGAUGGAACAAAUCAAGGCCAGCGCUCCAACUUGUUGCCAAAGUUUGCCAUCUCGGCAGAGAGCGAAGGAGACGAGACCUCCGGCCUCGGUGACCCCAGCAAGACCUCCUUCUCCACAGGAGAGCUCCUGCAGGAUGAGCCCGACGCCACAACUCCAGGCAGCACGCACAGUGGCGCCACGCUCUCUGGCAGUUUCUCAGAACACCUGGACCAGUUGACGCCCAGAGGUGAAGAGGUGGAGAGCCCCGACGGCACCGGUCACACCUCCGCAGACCACCGGGGCGCCCAGACCAACUCCCUGCGCCCGGAGAGCGCUGCGGAGAAGACCGGCGCCGUGGCCAAAGUCCAAAAGUCUGUCUCAACCGGUGCCCUUUCCCUCACCAUCCCCGGGGAUAUGUUCGGGGCGUCUCCGCUGGCCAGCCCCCUCUCCCCGUACUCCCUCUCCUCGGACCCUUCCUCGAGAGACUCCUCUCCCAGCCGAGACUCCUCGCUCUGCCACGCCAACCCGCGGCAGCCCGUCGUCAUCCACAGCUCGGGGAAGAAGUUCGGCUUCACGCUGAGGGCGAUCCGGGUGUACGCUUGCGACGGCGACGUCUACACGGUCUACCAUAUGGUCUGGAAUGUAGAAGACGGUGGGCCUGCACAUAAAGCAGGACUCAAAGCCGGAGACCUCAUUACCCACGUGAACGGAGAGCCCGUCCACGGUCUUGUCCACACUGAAGUGGUGGAGCUCCUGCUCAAGAGUGGGAGUAAAGUGGCCAUCUCCACAACCCCGUUUGAAAAUACUUCGAUAAAAACCGGUCCGGCCCGGAGGAACAGCUACCGGAGCAAGAUGGUGAGGUGUGCCAAGAAGCCCAAGAAGGAGAAGACACCAGAAAGGCGCCGCUCCCUUUUCCGACGUUUUGCCAUGCAGCCGUCUCCUCUCCUGCACACGAGCCGCAGUUUCUCUUCCCUCAACCAGUCUCUGUCCUCCGGUGAGAGUCUCCCCGGCUCCCCCACCCACAGUCUCUCCCCUCGUUCCCCUACCUCCACCUUCCGCCCCACACCAGAGUUCACCCAGUCAGGUGGCAACUCGUCCCAGAGUAGCUCCCCCAGCUCCAGCGCUCCAAACUCUCCCGCCGGCUCCGGUCACAUACGUCCCAGCACCCUCCACGGCCUCGGGCCCAAACUGCCAGGUCAACGGCUCCGACAGGGGCGCCGCAAGUCUGCCGGCAGCAUUCCCCUUUCUCCUUUGGCUCGCACGCCCUCGCCCACCCCCCAGCCAACGUCUCCUCAGCGCUCGCCCUCUCCCCUCCUCGGCGGGCAUCCCGUUGCCAUUUCCAAGACGAGCCAAGCCUUCCCGGCCAAGAUACAUUCCCCGCCCACAAUUGUUCGCCAUAUCGUGCGCCCCAAAAGUGCCGAGCCUCCCCGCUCGCCCCUCCUAAAACGUGUCCAGUCCGAGGAGAAGCUGUCCCCCUCGUACACGGGAGAUAAGAAGCACCUGUGUCCCAGGAAACACAGCCUGGAGGUGACCCAAGAGGAGGUGCAGGAUGAGGAGCUGAGGCCCGGUGAGCGGGAUUACACCGUCUUGCAAAGCGUGGAGGAAACGGCCUGCGAGUCGCUGGCCUUCACCCGCGUUCGACCUGUCGAGCAGGGCUGCUUGAAGAGGCCCGUCGGUCGCAAGACGGGCCGCCAGGAGUCUGUCGAGGAGCUCGAGAGGGAGAAGCUGAAGUCCAUGAUGGUCGCAAAGAGACAGGACUGGUCCGAGAGGAGGGAGUCGCUGCAGAAGCAAGACGCCCUGCGGGAAGCCGACUCAUCUUCCUCCGUGUGUGCCGAUGACAGGGAUGAAGGUUUCUCUGGCCCCGCGGAGGCCAAAGCUGCAAGCACGACCCUUAAAGAUGUGCUGUAUAAGAAACUCACCACGCGCGCCUCUGAGGGCAUCGGCGAAACAUCCGGCGGCUGCUGUGAAAGCGACGGAGGACUCAGAGCGACUCUCUGCUGCGCUCACCCCGAGUGGCAGCACUCCAGGCCGGUGAAAGAUAACAUGAAGCCAGACAGACUGGACUUCAAAGCUCCCAACAUCGAGUUCACCAGGAAGAGGCUGUCGUUUGAGGAACGAGAGGACUGCAUGUGUCGGUUGUCACCCGGCAUCCACGAGAACCUGCACUUUGGCUCCACCCGGUCUAAGAGCCUCCAGCUGGACGCGGCCAUGUCUCACGAGCACAUGAAGGCGGGGCUGGGAAGCGUUCACUCCAGCGCCGAGGGUCUGUCCCCGAAGCUUUUCUCUGGCAGAGGAGAGAGCGCCGUGGAGAAACUCCAGCUCAUCUCCUCCGCGGAGUCUCCGCUUCGGAAGACGUCGUCUGAAUAUAAACUGGAAGGACGCCACGUUUCCUCUCUCAAACCCCUGGAGGGCACUCUGGAUAUCGGUCUGCUCUCCGGGCCCCGAGUUUCUAAAACGGAAACCUGCUUGUCCAAGAUGGCGGAGAACACAAGCGACAGUGUUUCUUUGAGUCCUCCGAUUUGGCUCCAGACCCCCGCUGAGAGACAAAUAACCAUCCCCCACGUGAAGGCUUCAGACAAGCUGAAGAGCCCCCUGACUUGUUCCACAAGCCCUGAAGCGGUUUCUUCUCUAAAUAGCAUCGUUGCCUUCAAAGAUCAGUCAAAUAACGCAGCCGCAGAGAUAAAAAUAAGCACCACUGGUGAGAAAACAGACUGGCACGGCGAAGCGUCAAAGGCUCAAACCAGCAAAGUGGAGGCGUCGAGCUUCAGUGUCAAACAAGAGAGCCGGACGGCCACCAAGUCCAGUUCCUCGCUGGCUCAUGAACACAGAGGCCCUCGACACGGCUCCCACUUCUCCUGUGGAAAAACACCCUCCAUACGGGAAGUCAGCAACGAAGAUCAGGAGGACGAAGCGGAGCCGGAGGAGGUCGCACCGCACGCCACAUCGCGGGCCGCCGGCGGCUCCAAGACAGUGGCCCCUUUGACUUCGGCAACGCCGGAGGUGGACGUAAAAGGUUCGGAGGCCGCAGCUGCCGGUGAACCGCGAGCCGUGCCGCUGAAGCGGAGCGCAAACUGCGGUUUGGAGAGAGUUCGCCGUCCGGGCUGCGAGAACAUAACGACUGCAAACACGACCUCCGCGUCUGAUGUGACGGCACAGAACGGCUCUUUGUCUGCGCUCGUUCCGGAGAACGUGCUUUCAGCGCAGCAGCUGUUGAACAUCUGCUCUUCAAAUGCGGAGGCGCGGGUUUCCAUCGCGUCGGCGUCGGCAUCCGGUUCGGUGAAAGACGGUCGGGACUGUUCCCAAAGAUCUGGUAAGGAACAGUCUAACGGAUCGGCUGUGAACGCGGUCGCUGAUGGAGGAGCGACAGGCAGCUCGGCCUGGAUGGAGGAGGUCAACGCGUGGGUCGCAGUCACACAAGUGGAGCAAAAGAGAGAAGUUUCUAAAGUGAACGCGGUCGCCUCGUUGAAUAAUGUGACACUGAACUGUAAUAAAAAGGGCAACACUGUCGGUUCGAUAGAAAGAGAGGAACCCAUAUCGCCAAAGACCAAGAACAUAGUCAACGUGAACGAUUCAGAGCAGCCAUCACAAAUCUAUCCGGCUGAAAAAGCACAAAACAAAUCAUCCGAUUCGGAAGAGACUGCGAAACGCAAAUGUUUAUCCUCGGCGACCGCGAAUGAAAAUGUUCCGGUUGCCAAAGGUAAGUGGAGGCCCGUGGAGCCGGAGGCCAAAGCCCAGGAAGGGAAAGCUCCCGGCGCCGUGAAGGGCAGUCCGAAUUCAAAGCGGAGAGAUCCGUCGAAAGAAGUCGUGCUCUGGACGUCGAACAUUCAAACGACCCCCGACCCCAAAUGGAAAGAGGCCCCGUUGCCUUCCAAGCGGGAGGACUCGGUUCAUCCGGCCGAUACGAAGCGGAGAGAAACUCAGCCCAGAACCUCCGCAGCCACGUCGGCGAAAGAAAACGACUGGAGGCCCAAGUCUCUCUCUCCCAAAUCGUCGACUCUGAAGACUUCCGCGGCGCCGACGCCGGUUCUUAAACAAGCUCUCGAUCCCAAACACAAAGACCCCUCGCCCAAGAGACAAGCCCCGGCCGCGAGGAACCAUCACGGCUCCAAACCAAAGGAAGUCUCUUCGCCGCUCGCCGCGCCUCACCAGCUGCCGGCCGACGUCUCCCCCCAGCCCGGCCCGCCGCCGGUGCUGCCGAAACCCGCGGCGAAAAGGGAAACGCCGAGCGGCGACGCCGCCCCGAGCCGCAUCUCCGGCGGCGCGGCGGUCAAGGUGCCCAAGGAAGGCCCCGGGGCGCUCAAAGCGGACGGUCCCAGGGCCGCCGACAGCCGGACGACCACGCCCGACAAACAGGUGUCCUCCGCCAAGAGGGAGCCGGCCGAGAGGAAGAAGAAAGAGGGCGCGCCCGAGGUCGCGUCUGCACAGAGAAACUCUAAGAGAGACGCGUCCAGAGCGGCCGCCGCUGACAGGAAGCAGCAGAAGGAGUCGCCGCGUAGCUAUGGCAACAAGAAAUAAAAGAAGGGAAGUGAAAAGUAGCAGUCAAGAGAACCCAGACGUGUGUGUGUGUGUGUGUGUGUGUGUGUGGGUGGUCAUAUCUACAUAUGAAAACACAUUUCACUUUAGUUUCUGCUUUGUGCAAUCAGUGUGUGUCGGGGGGGGCGCAGUGAGGAGCCUCACAGAGGUGCGUGUGUGUGUGCGUGUGUGUGUGUGUGUGUGUGUGUGUGUGUCGUCCUGUAGAGUCCGUGCCAUAUGAAUGAUUUUGAAUUGCACUCGUAGCCUCGGAGGACCCGGAGUCUUUAAAUGCAGUUUAUUAUUUAGCAGCUGCGUCACAGAUUGUUUAAUCUCUCGAGUCUGAUUUGAUUCUUUGUGCGUCGGGUUUUUUUGUCCUGAAACUAAAAACACGGAACGUCCUAAAUUAGUGAAGGGGCCUUAGAAAUUAUGGGAAAUAACAACUUGCUGUUCUUAGCAAGGUGUGGGUGUUUAUUCACAUUCCUCUGACAUCUGUACAUACACGUUGUUGUUCUUUUUGAUUUUUAUGCAAUAUGGUGUAAAUAUGAAAAACACUGUAAAACUGGGAUUCAUGGGCUUACAUGAUUGUCUAUAUGUAUAGAUUUUUUUGGCAGUAUCAUUUGUCGGUAUGCUCGAUAUUAAGAGCCGGAUUCCUCCGUGGUCUGAAGUGAUGCGUCUCUUCCUCUUCUUUGUGACUUUCAACAUGUUUGCACAUGUUUCCAAAACGACCUUGACGAGCGCGAGGAAAAAGGCAGGAAGGGGGGUAAACGGGCUAUUUAUGGAAAACAAUGUAGCAUUCAAAUAACGAAAAACUGUGAGGGCUGUCAGCAUUUUUCCCCAGGAAUGUCUUUAUUGUUGAUGACGAGAGUGUAAAAAAAAAUAAUGAAAUGUUGUUGUUGUUUUUUAAGGAGACGAACCAGACGCCAAAUAAUUGGUCUCUGAGGGCUUCGGCCACCGUCUCCGGUUAUGUCCACGUGCAGAAUGAUAUUCGGAGAUCCGAUCAUAAGUACAGCUUCGCGAGUUCGGGAGUUUCAAAAGAUUUCGAUGUCCGGUUUCUGAUGUGUGUUGUUUCAGUCGUGUGUGUGUGUGUGUGUGUGUGUGGGUGGUCAUAUCUACAUAUGAAAACACAUUUCACUUUAGUUUCUGCUUUGUGCAAUCAGUGUGUGUCGGGGGGGGCGCAGUGAGGAGCCUCACAGAGGUGCGUGUGUGUGUGCGUGUGUGUGUGUGUGUGUGUGUGUGUGUGUCGUCCUGUAGAGUCCGUGCCAUAUGAAUGAUUUUGAAUUGCACUCGUAGCCUCGGAGGACCCGGAGUCUUUAAAUGCAGUUUAUUAUUUAGCAGCUGCGUCACAGAUUGUUUAAUCUCUCGAGUCUGAUUUGAUUCUUUGUGCGUCGGGUUUUUUUGUCCUGAAACUAAAAACACGGAACGUCCUAAAUUAGUGAAGGGGCCUUAGAAAUUAUGGGAAAUAACAACUUGCUGUUCUUAGCAAGGUGUGGGUGUUUAUUCACAUUCCUCUGACAUCUGUACAUACACGUUGUUGUUCUUUUUGAUUUUUAUGCAAUAUGGUGUAAAUAUGAAAAACACUGUAAAACUGGGAUUCAUGGGCUUACAUGAUUGUCUAUAUGUAUAGAUUUUUUUGGCAGUAUCAUUUGUCGGUAUGCUCGAUAUUAAGAGCCGGAUUCCUCCGUGGUCUGAAGUGAUGCGUCUCUUCCUCUUCUUUGUGACUUUCAACAUGUUUGCACAUGUUUCCAAAACGACCUUGACGAGCGCGAGGAAAAAGGCAGGAAGGGGGGUAAACGGGCUAUUUAUGGAAAACAAUGUAGCAUUCAAAUAACGAAAAACUGUGAGGGCUGUCAGCAUUUUUCCCCAGGAAUGUCUUUAUUGUUGAUGACGAGAGUGUAAAAAAAAAUAAUGAAAUGUUGUUGUUGUUUUUUAAGGAGACGAACCAGACGCCAAAUAAUUGGUCUCUGAGGGCUUCGGCCACCGUCUCCGGUUAUGUCCACGUGCAGAAUGAUAUUCGGAGAU